AUACAGCAGAUAAAACCCCAAAGACUACCAAACUCUUCUCCUUUCUAUCAAUCUUCCAGUAAGUUUCUCCGCCAGCAACUGCUUCACUCUUCACAUUUCUCAUCCUAAACGUCGCCGUUUUUGUCGCCAUAGGAGCACUACACUUAUAACAAAUGUCUGCAGCAAUGUCAGGGAAGAUUGUUCAAAAUGUUUUUCUAGCACAGAAUAGACCGAACCUGUACGAGACCCAAUACUGUCGAAGGGACUGUUGUCCCCAUUAUAACACCCGCAACUCACUUCCCUUCUAUGGAGGGAAGUUAGCAUGGACUACUACUAGCUUAUCUUCCAUGCAAAUGAACACGUUAUCCUAUUACCAGAGUGGUUUUGUUAACCGAGGAACUUUUUCCUGCAAUGCUGCUUCUUCUACAACGGCAGUUCCACACCUUGACAAAGUUGAUUUUCUGAAGCUUCAGAAUGGCAGUGAUGUUCGAGGUGUAGCUGUCGCUGGCGUUGAGGGAGAACCUGUUACCUUGACCGAACCAGUAACAGAGGCAAUAGCAUCUGGCUUUGCGGCAUGGUUAUUGGAAAAGAAAAAGGCUGAUGGUCCCAAACAGUUGAGAGUUUCUAUUGGUCACGAUUCCCGAAUAUCUGCACAAACUUUACAGGAUGCUGUUUCUCGAGGUAUUGCUGGUGCCGGCCAGGAUGUUGUUCAAUAUGGAUUGGCAUCUACCCCAGCAAUGUUUAAUAGCACACUCACUAAAGCCGAAGAAUGUUUAUGCCCAGUUGAUGGAGCUAUAAUGAUUACUGCUAGUCAUCUUCCAUACAACCGGAAUGGUUUCAAAUUCUUCACAAAUGCUGGAGGGCUUGGGAAGGCCGAUAUUAAAGACAUUUUAGAGCGUGCUGCAGAUAUAUACCAGAGUCUUACAGAUGAAGGUUUAAAGAAGUCGAGACAGGCUUCUGCAUCUGCAAAGAGAGUUGACUACAUGGAAAUUUAUACAUCUGAUCUUGUGAAGGCAGUCCGUAAAGCUGCAGGAAAUACAGAGAAGCCAUUGGAGGGGUUCCAUAUAGUUGUAGAUGCAGGAAAUGGAGCAGGAGGAUUUUUUGCCGCAAAAGUUCUUGAACCUCUUGGGGCUAUCACUUCUGGAAGUCAGUUCUUGGAACCAGAUGGUUUGUUCCCCAAUCAUAUUCCCAACCCAGAGGACAAGGAAGCAAUGAGAGCUAUCACUAAGGCAGUCCUUGAAAACAAGGCUGAUCUGGGCAUAAUAUUUGAUACUGAUGUUGAUAGAUCUGCUGCUGUGGACUCCAUUGGUCGCGAGUUCAACCGGAAUCGUCUUAUUGCUUUGAUGUCAGCAAUAGUUUUGGAGGAACAUCCAGGAACAACUAUUGUGACAGACAGUGUGACUUCAGAUGGGCUGACUACAUUUAUUGAAAAAAAACUUGGGGGAAAGCACCAUCGUUUCAAAAGAGGCUACAAAAAUGUUAUUGAUGAAGCAAUUCGCUUGAACUCGGUCGGUGAGGAGUCACAUCUAGCUAUUGAAACUAGUGGCCAUGGAGCUCUCAAGGAAAACAACUGGCUAGAUGACGGGGCCUACCUCAUGGUCAAACUCUUAAAUAAACUAGCUUCAGCCAGAGCUUCAGGAGUUGGCGGUGGUAGUAAAGUUUUGACCGAUCUAGUGGAAGGUCUCCAGGAACCAGCAGUAGCUGUGGAGUUAAGACUGAAAAUCAAUCAGAAUCAUGUAGAUCUUAAAGGAGGAUCUUUCCGGGAAUAUGGAGAGGCAAUUCUAAAACACUUGGAGAACUCUGUGGAUACAGACCCAAAGCUUCAAAAAGCUCCUGUUAACUACGAAGGGAUUCGAGUUUCUGGUUACGGUGGGUGGUUCCUUCUCAGACUAUCACUCCAUGAUCCAGUUCUUCCACUUAAUAUUGAGGGACCUAGCAAAGAAGAUGCUCUCAAACUUGGACUCGCUGUGGCUUCUGCUGUCAAGGAAUUUCAUGCUCUGGACACUUCUGCCUUGGACAAAUUCAUCCAGCCAUCCUAGAUCUCGUAAAAACGGUCUCGUCUGUCAGUUUUAUGGGCAAUCGGUUUAUUUAAGUUACUUUUCCGGCAAGGCAAUGUUUAGCCGACUGCCAUUGUAACGAGUAUAUAAGAACUUAAAGGAAGUCUCUCUUUUACUUUGAUUUGCAAGUGAUACUACAGUGUCAGUCGCUGAAGUUUGUCAUAUCUCUCAGCUAUAGGUCUGAAAAAUAUCCAGAUAAAUGUUCUAUGUCAAGAGCAAUGUCAUUUUUAUCAUAAUAAAUCAUUGUAUUUUUAUUUCGGCA